CCGCACUCCGAGUGAGUUCCGCAUUUUCUGGGUCGGUAACUGACUGAAGAAAUGCCUGAAACCAAAGCUCCGAAGAAAGGCGCCAAGAAAGCCGUGUCCAAGGCCAAGGGCACCAAGAGGCGCAGGAGGUCGAGGAGGGAGAGUUACUCCAUCUACGUCUACAAGGUGAUGAAGCAGGUUCACCCCGACACCGGCAUCUCCUCCAAGGCCAUGAGCGUCAUGAACUCGUUCGUGAACGAUAUUUUCGAGCGCAUCGCGCGCGAGGCUUCCCGCCUGGCCCAUUACAACAAGCGGUCGACCAUCUCCUCUCGGGAGAUCCAGACCGCCGUGCGCCUGCUGCUGCCCGGGGAGCUGGCCAAGCACGCCGUGUCGGAAGGGACAAAGGCGGUCACCAAGUACACCAGCUCCAAGUGAAGCUCCAUCAACUAAACAAACCGAAAACUUCGGCUCUUUUAAGAGCCACUCACUCCAUCGCUGAAAGAGUUGCUCCAGUAUUUCAGCAGUGAUUAAUAACUAACCUUUCCUUGCAGAUUUUCAGUUUAGAAAUAAUUAUUGUUUAUUGCAAUCCGUAUGUCCGUUUUAACCCCGGACUCGCUCUCACUACCCUGUGUCCUGUCACGGAGCAUUUUCCCCUUUUGUUAUCGACUUGUUUCCGACUUCAGACAUGCACACACACAACUAUAUACAAAGUGCAUCGUUGUGAGGCAGAUACUUGCUGUUACUGAUUCGCUUUAUCACCAACAGUUCCCUGUGCUGGAACUGUCCUGCGUCUUAUUUGUACUUGUGAUUCAGUAUAGAUUCACCGUUUUUUCACAUUGCAGUCUCGGCCUCCAUCGUGAACUGCGAACCGUCCAUAGCCGGAUGCGUUUCAAAUUAAAACAAAAUCCUGUCGUGUUCUGAUUCCGUAUUUGUACCGAUCGAUGAUUAAAAUGAAAAUUUAAUUCACAGUCACUCAUAUCGGAAUACUAACUUUCGGUGACACUGCUGGUGAAUGUAAUUGUAAUUAAUGUGAAUUAAUUGCUUGUUUGUGGGUUCUUUUAGGGGGUUAUUAACCCGAUUUAUCGUCUUUUGCGCAUUGGUUGUGGUCAGUCUUUAUUGGGUGGUUUAUGAGCUUUUUUGUGGGUUCCUGAAAGAAGAAUUUCAAGACUGUGUAUAGUGUACAAAAUUUGGUCAUUUUACUUUGAAACAUUACUGUGCUCUCAGGAAAGUGAAGUUCCGGCUUGAAAGUGGUGACACGGGUGUACUCUGAUUAUAAAUUUUACUUUGAACUGUAAACUAAAUUCACACAGUAUAAGUGGAUCAGGAUCAUGGUGUCUUUCUCACAGGCAUAUGUACAUAAAAGUUUAUGUUUGGACUGUUAAAUAAAGUUAUUUUUCUCCUGGC